CCAACUUCUGGUAGACAAUUAUACAGCCCCGAAAACCCGUAGGCUUAUCAUCAAAAACUUGAUUUCAUGUUGAUUGUAGUACAACUACGGAUACGACCUAGGUGUAUAGUUGCAGUAGGUAGAGUUUGCAUGAAUCUACACAAUGAGACAUGAGAAACGAUUAUCUACUACGUACUAGGACGCUGCAGGAGAGGUAUAUCAUAUAUGGUUCGAAACUAUUUUUGGGGUAUAGAUUCUUGUCAUCGUGAUUUUCUCCGCUGCGCUUGCGCUACGCUGGCGGCAGGGUAGUUGUGAUUUAAUUCUCCCGUUGUUUUUGUUAAUGGAAAAUAAAUAAUGAUGACUCAGUGAAGAUUUCUACUUCCUCUUGAUGGGGCGAGCCUUUGUUUCCUCCUUUCAAUUCCUGGAAGUUUCAAUCCUGACACACCACCAAGCGGAUUCUAUUUCUUUGCGCGGUCGAUCGCAACGACGAUCCCACGAAAAACGACAACGGCGCUCAGAACAAUAGGAGCAGCUUCUACUUGUACGAGCCUGGACCUGGUGUAGUAAACAAGACACUACAUAUACAUGCUGGAUUUGUCGGCAGCAACAACAUCAAAAAAGAAUCAAGAAGAUGUCGCCGCGUGCUGUGAGUCCUGGUACCCCGAUACGGAUCCCUGAGGGUAACCCAAAUUUGACGAACGUGUCGACGAUAGCAUCCUCACCAGCCUAUUCCAUCAAGGGACGAUGGAAAGCGGAGGUGUACCGACCAGGCCUCGACGGUCCCGGCGGCAUUCUGGACAUGAGCAAGAUGACCUACGUGAGCAGCAAGCGGGCACGGAUAACGGGAGCAAAGUUCAGCAUGGCAUCCCGAUUUCCCGGCACAAGUAAGUACGCAGGAAGGACUGCAGAGGUAGGCACGUACUUCAAGGAGAAAAUACCUACAUACAUGGGCAAUGACAGUAGUGCAGUAGCAUGGGCCAAACACGACACGGAAGAACAAGCGAGAAAAUCGCGAGAGGGCAAGUUGCGAUAUCCACCAGUUUACGACACAAGGAACAAUACCGUGAAGUUCCAUCACACCUAUCGCGAGCAACUCUGUCCAGCGUUCACGAAGAGACAUCACGUGUAUCUCAGCCUCACAAUAUCAAGAAAAUUUGAAUUCGUUAUCACAUCAGUUUUCGACAGUGUUAAUACACAACUCACAGUCAGAGGACAGUCACACACGAGAUAGAGAAAACUCUUUUUAGUUGAACAUGAAGCUACUGUAGUACACAUUCGAUUGCAUGAUGAUACUUUCUAAUAUCAGUCUACAACACAGGUUCAAUGAUGUGCCAGCACACCGAAUGAAAGAGCCAGGCUUCGACAAGUAUACGCCGAAUCACAAAGCACUUAUUGGAGCGGUUCCCUUGGGUAUUGUGCCAAAGGAGAAACGAUCAGGAUUUCCCGUCAAAGAACCGAGGCCGGGCGACCCGACAACAGGCCCAGGAAAAUACCCGAUACCGAGUACUAAUGGCUUUUACUGUUUUUGUUUUCGGCGCACUAACGUGAAGGUGUUGCGGUUGGUUGUGGCUAGGGCUGAUUUAUCAAGAAAAUUAAUGAUUCAGGACUUUUUGUUUUACUUAAUUCAUUGUAGUACUCUCAACACCUCGAUCUUGAUGACCCGCCCCGACUACUUACCUCUUUGUCCAGGUACUUUUCAUCAAAGUGCGGACAAGCUUAGUGACUGUCGGUUCAAACGUAGUGCGCGUUAUACACUCGCGGGAGCUCCAUGGCGGACGGAUGCAAAACGACGGGAGCCUUCGCCAGAGGCGGCAACCACUAUCGAUGCGCCGUUCAAUGGCGCAAGUACGAUUUUUGGUUGGCGAAAAUAGUACUGGCGCUCUUGCCGAAACUGCCACCGCGAUUGUGAUAAUCGUGGUUGCACUUCUCGACGCGUUGUAUAAUAUAACAGGAGCAACUAAGCACGGGCGAAUCUUCGACCAUUCACCAAUCGUUCUUGAAGAAAAUCUUGUGAGCAGCUACCGAUGCCCCAUCAGAUGACGUUGUCAUAGGAGUAUCUGUCUUCAUUUGGACUUGGGUCCAAUAAAUAGCAUCGACUGACUACAGUGACAGUAAAAUUGUACUAAUAACAAUCGAUUUAUCAUCUCGUCUUUCCAUUGUAACUAUUUUAUUUAACUUGUACCAGCACUACAAAGUCUAUUGUAAUGUAGCAAAGAGAACAUUCACCCACGUAAACACAUACAUGUAUAUAUGCACAGUUAAAAGAUGUUAUAGGGGGAAUGUUCGUUUGAGUACAACUAAGUUGUCAUUUGUAACAAUGGUCUUUACUCUCAAAUAAAUUAGAAUCAGUAGUUUGUUGUUGAAUAAAACAGGUCCAAAGUUUUUCAGUGUGCGCUUCGCAAAACCAAAAUCAUUUAGUCAGCCUUCUUAUUCAUAAACAUUUAUUCCUAGAAUGGUAAAAACGACUGAUCGAAAAAAGACAGAGUCGGGAAAGUCUUCCUUCGAUAGUCAAGUCGCAUCAUCACACAAUUGGUUCCAACCGAAAUGAAUACAGAUUGAUAUCGAUGCUCCUUACGAACACAACAUACAAUGCUCAUCCAUGCUGAGCAUCAGAAUGAACGUCAAAGGAUAUAUUUAGCAUCAAAGGGUAUUCAUCAACACAGUGAAUGAC